UUUUGCAGCCUGUAGUGUUAAAGAUGCGAGCCUGUUACAUUGGUUUGGCUUUGUGUGCUGUGAUGGUGUGUUGUGAUGCAUCGUGUGAGAUGGCGAACUGGCGGAGCAGCUUUGACAAGAAAGGCUUCUCAACUUGUGGAUCCGUUACUCAGUACAUGAACGGACUCUACAGAAACAAACCUUCAGGAUAUCAGGGGAUAUUUCUGAUCGAGCAAGCGCGUUGUUGUGCCAGGCCGAGGCCUUACUGGAACCAAGCCACGUCCUGUAUCAUGGCUGACUGGUGGAGUAGUUUUGACAGGAACAAUCGUUGGAACACAUGUCCGAAUGGUUACUUCCUCCGUGGAUUGUACCGAAACGACGGCCAGAGCCUGGAUAACAUCGAGGUCGGCAAGUGUUGUAAGCCCGCCAACCACCCUCACUGGUACGGACACUGUUAUGAUCAAGACGUGCGGGCCAGCUUCGACAAGGAGGGCACCAGCAAGUGUAGGGAUGGCUACUUCAUGACUGGAUUAUACAGAGGCAAUUGCGAUGAGAUCUAUUGCAUUGAAAUGUUCAAGUGUUGUAAAAUGGUUCCAACACCCCCAAAGAUGCAAUCCUUGGAUGAUGUCAAGACCCGUGUUAUGGAUGAGACCAUGGCAGAGUUGGCAUUACUUGCUCACUAUCUUGGCUACGGAUGGUGCGCGAGCUGCCGCGCCCAGUCCGUAGGAGAGGACUUUAGACGAAACGGGGACAGCUGGGAAGCGGACAGGAAAGGCCCGUGCAAUGGCUACAUGAAUCAUCACAGGCUCAAGAUGCACUACAGAGACUUCAAGUUUGGCGUCAAGAACAUAGUCUACGGCAAACCAGUUAUUCAGACAUUGAAACCUCAGUCGUACAUAUCUGGAAGCGAAAGAAAUAAUGAGGAUCAUGAAGUAACACGUACGGUUUCUGAGCAAGUGGAAAGCACGCGUACCGUCACCCACACGACAACCAGCUCGUGGAAAAAGACACAUGGAGUCGGUAUCGAGUUAAGCUACACCCCUCCCGAUGCAACAGGAGGGGUGGGAGUAAAAGCGUCGUACAAUUUUAACUACGAGAAGUCGUCGACCCAGACGGACAGCACUGCAAAUACGCAGAAAUACACGAGCACAGUCACAUCGACAAAGACGCUCAAACCCUUCACAGCUGCUCAGUACCGUAUUCUGCUGACAAAGACGAGAACCACCGUACCGUACACAGCGACUAUUAUUGUGCACUUCUCUGCAGAGUUGGACGGAUUCCUGAGGUGGGGAGGAGGAAAAGACGGAGACUCUACCAAUUACCAUUACGAGCACCGCGGCUCAAAUAGAAGACCAACCUUCAAGUACAAAUUUGGCGACUCGUCAACUCCGUUCUACAGCGCCCUUAAGAAACAAAGUGACCGAAGUAUGCGACCAUGGGAAUGGCAUGAGAUGAAAGCGAGAUAUUCCCAUGCACAAACCCUGAUCAAUGCUCUUACCGACGAGAGCAAGUAUGAAUUUACCUUGACUGGGCAAUUUGAGGACGUGAUUGGCCACCAUGUAGAUAUACAUUGGAGUACCACAUCGCUAAAAGUACCGCGUGGACUCGAGAGAACCCUUGCUGAGACGCAUUUCCCAAAGAUCAAACGCACUUCCUCCAAACGUGUCUUCCCUAAGCCACCAGAAGAGCGUCUCUCGAUGUCGAAACCUCACAUUCUCCCGCUGCUUCUUAAUAUCAAUUACGAUGACCCUGAUAACAACGUACAUGGGAACAUGACCGAUCCACCGAGAGUGUUUCCCACGCCUCCAAAAGUGGACAUCUCCAUAAAAGAACCACAAAAAAUCCCGCAUGUUCCCAACGUGGAAGACGAAAGCGAACUUAACAAGUGA